AUGGGAUGGGCGGUGCUGGCGGCGGCUCGCCCCGCCGUCGCCGACGAGCUUGCAGUGGCAUCAGCAGCAGAGGCAGAGGCUGUGGUCGUGCCUCCUGUCCUAGACGUGAUCAGCUGGCCGCAGUGGGUGGACCGCAACUUCAGUUUCAGCUACCCGCCAGGCUUCAAAGAGGUGCAGGAUCUGUCGUAUGCCGCGCCACCCCGGCCGCACCAGGUGGCGGAGAACCCGCUGAAGGCCGAGGUGCGCGGCGAGGGCGGACAGCAGCGCAUUAAUGUGGUGGUGAAACAGACCACCGCCUUCAAGCGCACGCUGCUCCAGGUCACAGGCAAGCAGGGGGCGGGCGCGCAGGCUGGCGACAUCUCCCAGCUGGGCGACCCGCGGCAGGUGGCCAACCUGCUGCUGCCGCCGGGCGCGGUGGUGGCCUCUGUGUCGGCCGCUUCUGUGGCGCAGCCGCCCAAGGACACGGGCACGCUGCUGGGCACGAUCCAGCGGGACCCGGUCAGCUACUACAGCUACGACGUGCUGCUGCCAGACGGCACGCGCGUGCAGCUGGCGGCGGCGGCCCAGCUGGGGCGGCUGUACGUGCUGGCGGCCUCGGCGCCCGCAGGCCAGUGGCAGGAGGCGGGGCCGGCGCUGAAGGAGGCGGCAGCCUCGUUCCGCCUGCGGUACAAGGUGUGA